AUGACUCCCAACACCCGAUCAGGUCCUCCCCCUCCACCCGUCCAAAGUGGUGCAACAACAACCGACUCCUCGCUGACGAGUUUGCUGACUGCUGGUGGUCUUGGUAGCAAAUGUUGGAAGGACGGAGAGAUGUUGUUACUUCCUGAACCAGCGAAAAGUCUGAAGGCGAGCUGUCGAAAGGACGCUGGCUGGGGAGAGGGCAGAUGUCGCGCCAAUGCCAUUGUCCGCAGGCUCUGCACGAAGAGGGAGGGGGACUUGUACGCGUCUGCGUGGACUGGCGGCUUUGGCCAGUACGAGAGCGGUUCUGCUGGUCGCCGUUGUGGGCUCGGUGUGCAUGAUACGACGGAAGUUGUCUAA